AUGUCAGCUGUCAAUGACACCAAAUUCCAAUUUGCAGUGUUCCUUCUGACCGGGCUAUAUGGGCAGGAAGAUUUCCAUCUCUGGAUCUCCAUCCCCUUCUGCUUCAUGUAUGUUAUUUCGAUAGUAGGAAAUUCAGUCAUUCUGUUCAUUAUAAAAACAGAUCCAAGCCUCCAUGAGCCCAUGUACAUUUUCCUUUCCAUGUUGGCCAUCACAGAGCUUGGUAUAUCAAUAACCACUAUGCCAACGAUACUGGGCAUAUUCUUGUUUAAUUCUAGGGAGAUCAGCCUUAAUGCCUGUUUUGCCCAGCUCUUCUUCAUCCACUCGCUUCAAUGCAUUGAAUCGUCUGUGCUCUUGUUGAUGGCCUUUGACCGCUUCAUUGCUAUCUGUAAGCCACUGAGAUAUGCUUCCAUCUUAACCCUGCCAAGAAUACCUAAGAUGGGACUGGUGUGUGUGCUAAGAGGCGUGGCUAUAAUACUCCCUCUGCCCUUGUUCCUGGAUCGUUUCCAAUACUGUCGAGCCAAUGUCCUCUCCCAUUCGUACUGCCUCUUCCAGGAGGUCAUGAAGAUGGCUUGUUCGGAUAUCAGUGUCAACAGCAUCUAUGGAUUGAUUGCUAAACUCUUAACGAUGGGAUUGGACUCGCUGCUCAUCUUCCUCUCUUAUGUGAUGAUCCUCAAAACAGUGCUUAGCAUCGUGUCCCAGGCAGAGUGCCUGAGGGCCCUGAACACCUGCGUUUCCCACCUCUGCGCCGUCCUGCUCUUCUACACACCAGAGAUCAGCCUGUCUGUGAUACACAGAUUUGGGAAGAAAUCGUCUCCCUUACUUCAGAUUCUCCUGGGCUACAUCUCUCUGCUGGUCCCUCCCCUGAUUAAUCCUAUUGUGUACAGCUUGAAAAGCAAACACCUUCGUGCGAGGAUAAUCAGGGUGUUCAUCAAGUGA